CUUGUAAACUGCUCGUAACCCACAGACAUGGGAAGUAGACUCACUGCGGAGUGAAAUCCAGCGGCAGAGAAACAAUGAGAUGACUGUGAAGGGAUGCAACAAAGGAUGAACCCACACCAAUCCCAAAAAACAACCUUCUUUUACCAACUUUCCAUCCGAAUGAUAGGCUAACGGACAUGCGUUUAUUCAGCUUGUAAUAUAUCCCCCACACACCCCCUCUCUGCCUGUCUCCCACCACCAUCACUGCCAAAUUGGGACCCUGUCUCUAUGACAACGUAGUACAGGCGGGGUUUGCCAGCUGGAGGCAGAGUCAAUUCACUCAGUUGGCAUCAUCGCUCGGAACCACCACACUGCAUCACGCCCUGAGUGGAAUGGAAGAAAUCGAGAAGAAAGAAAAUGGGGAGUACACCGGAGAAAUAAAGGGUGGGCUGCGGCCUUCAAUGAAACUGGUUGUUAUGGGAAUUAUUAACAAAAAACCCAAGAGCAUGGAGGUGAUUGUGUCCAGUGAGCCUCAGGAGGAGGACACAGAGGGCGAUGUGGGACUUCAGUUAAAGGUGAGCUUCAUGGAUAAGGCCGUCCACCGCAACGCCCGCAUGGCUGGAAAGUGGGGAAGACCUGAAACUACCCUCUCCUUCUUUCCUUUUGCACCUGGAGAAUCCUUCAAGAUGGAGAUAGUUUGUGAGCACCAACAGUUUCGUAUCUUGGUGGAUGGACAGCCUCUGUGUGGAUUCAGCCACCGCAUCCCCCGGCUCGCCUCCCUCACUGCCUUACGAGUCUGCGGAGACCUACAGCUGACCAAGGUGGCCUAGCACCAGCGCCUCACCCAAACAAGAACAACAUGAGGAUGUUUGGGGACAGUAUACAAUACAUACGGUUAGAAUAGAGCUACUUUUUGAGUAAAAAAAAUAAAAAAAUAAAGAACCCAUAUGAUGGGGAUGUGGGGGGAAACUAAGUUACACCUGCCUCGUAAUCACGUGUUAAGACAAAGUGCCUUCACUAGAUUACCUAUUUGGGGACUUGAAGAAAAUGACUGAAUGUAACAGUCGUCAACGUCUUAAAUCAACUGAGGAAUGUGAUUUGAACUGAAAGCAAAUGUGGUCUAAGCUACGAUACUUGUCCUUCCUAAUGAACAUUUGUACAAACGUGAUGUGUCACUGCUAUACAACAGGAGUGCCGCAGCCGUCUUUGUGCAUUCACAUCUCAGACGUCAGUCUUUGAUUUCUCUGGAGUUAACCUUUGAAAGCACUUAACGUUUACGAGCGCCAGCACGAAGAUGAAUGUUUCUGAACCGAUUGUCAUUCUGUGCCCGACUAAGUACUGUAACAGGUGUAAUAACGUAAAACACUUCACGUAGCCUACGUUAGUGCAUGCCAGUAUUACACACACUAUGUUUUCAUUCCUCUCAGUUUGCUUCCAGAUUAAACUGGAGGGGUUAAAGGUUAUGCCACGCCUUCAGUUAUUUUAUCAUUAUUAACUUUUCAACUAAACGCUGAUUUGUGUACUUUUUCUUUUACCCCGAGCACUUUUUGUAUGAAUGUUUCAUAUUGACUUUACUUCACUGCAAUAAAUCACCUUUGUUGUUA